AUGACCGCUGAUACUUUAUCUCUAGCUGGCAAAGUCGCCAUAGUGACUGGAUCCGGCCGCGAGAACGGAAUUGGAGCUGGAAUUGUCGCGGCAUUGGCUCGCAGUGGAGCUGCGGUCACGAUCAACUACGUCUCCGACUCCGUAACGAAACGGGCCCAUUCUGUUGCCGAUAAAAUCAAGGCCGACGGUGGGCGGGUAACCGUUGUCCAGACCACUGUCGACACGCCGGAGGGAGCCCUGUUCCUCGUACAAGAGACUUUGAAGGCUUUCGAAACUGACCGCAUCGACAUUUUGGUCAACAAUGCAGGGACUGGGUUUGCCGGCGAAACCCUCCAUGUCAAGCCAGAAGAGAUCACCAAAACAUUCGAUGUCAACGUCAAGGCACCCGUCUUUAUGGCACAGGCCACAGUCCCUCACAUGCCGCCAGGGAGUCGAGUUAUCAAUGUCUCGUCGACUGCUUCUAAGCUUGGGCUCCACGAUAUACCAGUAUAUGGAGCUUCCAAAGCUGCCUUGGACAGCCUGACCUGGUCGUGGGCCAAGGAGUGGGGACGAAGCAGAGGUAUCACUGUCAAUGCUGUCGCUCCGGGUCCCGUUGUCACAGAUAUCGUUCCUCCAGAUGUGGCCGACCAGCUUAUGAAACCUCAAAGAGACAUAACCAGAGCUGCAGAUAGAUUUGGUACCGCCGAGGAUAUUGCUGACGCAGUGCUCCUUUUGGCGUCUGAGAAGGCACGAUGGAUUACGGGGCAGUAUAUUUCGGUCAGUGGAGGGAUCACCGGAAACUGA